AUCUCAUAUUAAUUUCUUUAUUUUAAUUACUAGCUUCAAUUCUCCAACUUAUAUAUCUCUUUCUUUCUCUUUCUCUUUCUCAUUCUCUUUCAAUUAGUUUCUCCUCCAACUUCUCAACACAUUUUGUGCUACUUUUAAAGAUUAUAAUAUUAAAGUUACUAUAUAGUCUUUAAUUAGAACAAUUCCAAUGGGGAGAUCACCAUGUUGUGACAAAGUUGGUUUAAAGAAAGGACCAUGGACACCAGAGGAAGAUCAAAAACUGUUAGCUUACAUUGAAGAAAAUGGUCAUGGAAGUUGGCGUGCUUUACCUUCAAAAGCUGGACUUGAGAGGUGUGGUAAGAGUUGUAGAUUGAGAUGGACUAAUUAUCUAAGGCCUGAUAUUAAGAGGGGAAAAUUCAGUUUGCAAGAAGAACAAACUAUUAUUCAACUUCAUGCACUUUUAGGCAACAGGUGGUCAUCAAUAGCCACACAUUUGCCUAAAAGAACAGAUAAUGAGAUCAAGAACUAUUGGAACACACAUCUAAAGAAAAAGUUAACAAAAUUGGGAAUUGAUCCUGUCACACACAAAUCCAAAAAUGAAUCCAUUUUCUCUGAUGGACAUUCCAAAAGUGCUGCAAACCUUAGUCACAUGGCUCAAUGGGAAAGUGCAAGACUUGAAGCUGAAGCAAGAUUGGUCAAAGAAUCAAAGAUACAUACAAAACAUUCAUUGCAACAUCAGCUUGGAAUAAUUAAUUCUGUUUUUCCAUCACAAUCUUCAUCAUCUGCAUCGUCUUCUUCAAAUCAAGUACUUCACAUUAAGCCAGAUACUAUACCCUCAGGUUCUUUAGAUGCAAUGAAGGCUUGGUUAAAAUCUAAUGAAGGAAAUAAUGGUAGUGAUCUUGAGUCUCCUACAUCUUCUCUAUCAUUUUGUGAGAAAGGAAUUGUGAAAGAUGAAGGUGAGAAAGAAUGGAAAGGUUAUGAAAAUUCAACAAAUUUGGAAGAAUACAAAGAUGGUAUGGAGAAUUCAAUGGCUUUUCCUUCUACCAUGCAUCAUGAACUGACAAUGAUCACAUGGGGUUCUUCUGAUGAUAAUGCACAUGUUAGUGUUGCUGAUGAAGCUGGUUUCACUAAUCUUUUGCUUAAUAGUUCUAACUCCGGUGACCGGAGUUUGUCCCCGGAGAGUGGUGGAGAGUGUAAUACUUGCUAUGGAAGUGGAGGUGAAUUCUGUGAAGAUAACAAAAACUACUGGAAUGACAUUCUUAAUUUAGUGAAUUCUUCACCUUCUGAUUCGUCCGUUUUUUGAUUACUAAAAAAAGUUGAGUUAUCGAUAAAAAUUAAUUAUAAACAAUAUUAAAUUAUAGUCUUUAAUUUUGUCGUUGUCUCAUAUGCUAAAAGACAACAAAAUUAGAGACUAUUUUUUAAUGAUAAUUUUUGUCGAUAAUUUAAUUUUUUUUUUAAGUGAUGAUUAAUUGAUGAAAUUAAGUUUGUGUUAGAAGUGUUAGUUGCAAAAUUAUGUUUCUUAAACCACAAGAAGUGUGACCACAUGCAAAGUGGAAGAAAAAAAUUAAAAAUUAUUUAUAGUUUCUACAGUUGAUUUUGUUGAAACUAAGUAAUGUAUAAUGUCAUGUCAGAAAACAAUUAAAUCAUGGAAUUCUGUGAAAAAAACAGGUCAUUGUCGGUUGUGUGUAUGGUCAAAUAUUGAUAAUGAAAUUGUUAUGAAUUUGACAAGAUUUA